GCAUUCCUACUACUUUCUUUUGUUUUGGCCAAGUUAGUAGAGUUAUUUUUCGUCGCGACAUUGCUCAAAAGAUUAAAGAUCUCAGUGAAAGGUUAGCAACAAUUGCUAAUAUGAGGCAAAAUUUUAACUUUCAGUACACAAAAAGUGGUAUUGAACAUAUUGAGCGACAAAAGACCACUUCUUUUGUCGAUCAAACAUUUGGUCGGGUAGAUGAAAAAAUUUCUUGGUGGGCAUGUUGUUGAGUGAGAGUAAUCUUGAAGGGCAAAACCUCACUGUCAUCCCAAUUGUAGGGAUGGGUGGAAUUGGUAAAACAACCCUUUCGCAACUAGCAUAUAAUGACGAAAAAGUGAAGGCUAAUUUCACAAAAAGAAUAUGGGUUUGUGUCUCAGACCCAUUUGAUGAGCUCAACAUAGCCAAAGCCAUCAUUGGAGCCCUUGAUGGAAAUGUCAAUUCCAUUUCGAAUGACCUAGAAGCUUUCUUCCAAUGUGUGCACAAGUCUAUCGAGGGGAAAAAGUUUCUCCUUGUCUUAGAUGAUGUGUGGAACCAAGACUAUAGGAAGUGGGAAAAUUUGAAGCUACCUUUACAUAAUGGUGCUGUAGGUAGUAAAAUAAUAGUCACUACACGAAAAGAAGAAGUAGCUAGGAUGAUGGGAGCACCCGAUAACACAAUCAAUUUGAAGGUGUUAAGUGAAGAAAAUUGUUGGUCACUGUUCACUAGAAUUGCCUUUACCAACAGAAACCAAGAUGAUUGUCAAAUUUUGGAACCUAUUGGUAAGGAAAUUGUAAAGAAGUGCAAAGGGUUGCCACUUAUUGCCAAGACUUUAGGUGGUCUCAUGCGUUGUAAGAAAACAAAGAAAGAAUGGCAAGAUGUUUUGAAUAGUGAGAUAUGGGAGUUAGACAUAGUGGAGCAACAAGUUUUCCAACCGUUGUUACUAAGUUAUUAUGAUUUAACUUCAAUAAUCAAGCGUUGUCUCUUAUAUUGUGUUACCUUCCCAAAAAAUCAUAUAAUUGAAAAAGAAAUUUUGAUUGAGUUGUGGAUGUCACAAGGUUUUCUUGGUUCAUUUGGGAACAAAGAAAAGACAAUGAUAAACAUUGGAGAAUCAUAUUUCGAUAACUUGGUAAUGCGAUUUUUCUUCCAAAAUUUGAAGAAAGAUGAAUUUGGAGAUAUUGAACAUUGCCAAAUGCAUGAUAUUGUGCACGACUUUCUCCAAUAUUUAACCAAAAAUGAAUGUUUAAUCGUUGAGAAAAAAGGUGCUGAGGAGAGAAUAGAAUUUCCAGCAGACAAUAAGCUCCGUCAUUUGACCAUAAUGUUUGCACCGAUAGGACGUUUUACCCUUUCUUUUGACCAUUGCCAACGUCUGCGGACCAUUACAACAUUUAAUUGUAAAAUUACAAGUUUUACGCGAGAGUUGAUUUUACAAUUAAAAUGCGUGAGGACGUUGAAUUUGAGUGACAACUAUAUUGAAGAAAUUCCGGACGAGGUUGGCGGGUUGGUGCACUUGAGGUAUUUGGAUUUAUCUCGUAAUCGGAAGCUGAAGAAAUUACCUGAUAGUUUGUGUAAUUUAGUCAAUUUGCAAACCUUGCGAGUUGAUUGGUGCAUUAGCCUUGAAAAGUUCCCCGAGGCCAUGGGAAAGUUGACCAGCUUGCAGCAUCUUCAUGCUAAUCUUGGUUUUUGCGACAUUGAUAAACUACUGAAGCUGCCCAAAUCAAUUGCGAUGUUGAAAAGUCUACGGACGCUAGAUGUUGAACCUGUGUUAUUAAUUGAAGGUGAAGGUGAAGGUGGAGAUGAAGAACGAUUGAGGUUAAAUGAUUUGAGAGACAUGGACGAGCUUCAGGGGAAACUUUGGAUCGUAUUAAAGGGCAAAUUGAAAGAUAGUGCGGCGUGUGAUGUGGAGAAUGGCCUAUUGGUGAAUAAGAAACACCUUCUUCAUUUGAAACUAGGGUUCGCCUGUGAAAGCGAGGGCAACCAGAGUACCAUCGAGGAAGCAGUAUUGAAUGUCUUACAACCAAAUUCAAAUCUUGAAUCCUUAUGGAUCAGAGGUUACGAUGGCAGAACCCUGUACCCCAGUUGGACCUCCUCUUUAAUUAACUUGAAAAGCCUAACCUUCUCUUGGUGCUUGGUUUGUAACUAUGUGCCUCUUUCGGUUUUGGGCAACUUGGGGUCCCUUGAGAGACUCAGAUUUGAUGUCAUGCCACAAGUGAAAAAGGUUGGAUUUGAGUACUCACUUGAUCAUCAAGUUAUAUUGUUCCCCAAUCUGAAACAGCUCGAGUUCGCUGAAAUGCCGGAGUGGGAAGAAUGGGAUUAUCAUGAGAAUGAUGCUACUUCAUCGUCACCAACUUUUUUCAUGCCACGCCUUUCUACUUUAUCCAUUGAAUGGUGCUAUAAGCUGAAGACAUUGCCAGACUUCCUUACAAGGAAGACGCCGCUGCUUCAGAAGUUGAUCAUCAACGAUUGUCCCAUUGUCUCCAAAAGUUGCAAAGACAGGCAAGGCCCGGUGUGUUCCAAGAUUUCUCACAUCCCAAACAUCCAUAUUGAAUGGAAAACUAUACAAAAAGAUGGAGUUUGGAUCAAACAGUAGGAUUGAUCAACAAUGUCAUCCAUCCAAUUCCUUGGUAUCAGACGACAUCGUGAAACUAUUGUCUGAAUCCAAUUUGGACAAGCACCGACAUUAAUAUGCAUGUUGUCUGAAUACCAUAAAGGACGACAUACAGUAUUCUGUUGUGCAAGUCAUAUUAAGUCGACAGCAAUCUCAUGGAAAGUAACUUUUGAAGCAAAGUUUGACAAGAUCAGUUGUGUAGAAACUGUUGUCCCUUAAAUGUUCUACAUCAAUUUUUUGAGAUAUGGCAGUUGUGUGAAUUGAAGCAAAACAACGUAAGCUUGUAAAAAGCAUUGUGUGUUUGGGUUUGAUACUACAGAACAUGGUACUUUAUUAUUGUGUUUUUUCUAGUUGGGCAAUUAAAAUUGUUUGAAAAGUAUUGUAGUUAG